CUCAACAUCCACACUUCUACCCGGUCAAAGUGGUCGGUUCGCCACACCACUUUUCUCGUAACCCACCCGGAGAAAAUGUAGACAACUAGACAUCGUACCCCCACGUCGACGUGGCCGUCAAGUGAUGUGCAACUUGAAAAGACAAGCGAUUAGUGUGACUCCACAUUAGGAGUUGGCCUUUCAGCGGAGAAAUCGUGUGGAGCAAUCGUGUUGAUUCGCCACGACAAGAAAGCAAACGUUGGUCGUGUGCGUGUGCUCGCGUCUGUCGAUUCCCCUCCCCCCUUCGCCUUCGUCUCCCUGUCCGUGCCCCGGCUGGCUGGCUGGCUGGCUGCUUGGUUGGAGUUCUCACUCCCUGGCUGACUCAAGCGAGUGGCUGUGCACAGCGGUGUUGGCGGCUCCACAGCAGCAGCAGCAGCAGCCGCAGCGAGCGAGCGAGCGAGUGCGCAGAGAGAGAGGAGAGGCGCUUCACUUUUUGAAGCCGUGGCAUGAAUGAUCUCAUCGGAACGUUCUGCUCUGCUUUCACCGCCGACGAUCCUAUGAGUGAGAUCGGAAGAAAAUAAGAGUGAGACAAGACGACAUGUAUUCAAAGGGCACCAAGCGUAAGUUCCUAGACUCGGCGGAGGAGGCAACCAGUCCUGGCGUACAGGGGCCAGCGACAGCUCGGACGCCGUCGCCCUCAUAUAGUCUUCAGCGCCAGUCUCUCCUGGACAUGUCGCUCAUCAAACUUCAGCUGUGCCACAUGCUGGUGGAGCCCAACCUGUGCCGCUCGGUGCUCAUCGCCAACACGGUACGGCAAAUACAGGAGGAGAUGACUCAGGACGGCACCUGGCAGAUCAUGACGCAAGCCCUGGCCGCCGCCCAGUGCCCCGCCGAUCGUCUGGUGGCCACCGAGGUGCUGUGCCGGCAGUCGGACCCGGCGGCGGCUGGUCAGAGCCCCAAACCGUACCCUCUGAUGGGCGGCCUGGACGAGGGCUACCACACAGAGGAGGUGGUGAUGGAAGCGGGGGACCACAAAGAGGUCCUUUCCACGCAGUCCUAUCUGGCGGGCCCUUUUGGGAUGGGGCCCUGCUGGGAGGAGCGUGAGGAGGAUGACGAGGACGGCGAGGAGUCGGAGGGCGAGGACGACGAGGACCGCCCCGAGGUGGAAUCCAAGCCGGGGGAGCAGGUUUUUGGCACUUUUGAGAUCAAGCAGCCGCCGCCGCCACCCCCCCCAGACCCGGCGCUGGAGGAGCUGUUCUCAGACGUGGACCCAUCCUACUAUGAGCUGGACACAGUGCUGACAGGCAUGCAGAGCGGCCCCAAGAUGGGACCUUACGACCUGCUGGAGAGCCUUUCCUCCCACGGGCCGCAACCUCUCAGCCCCAGCACAAGCUGCCGGUCGGACCUGAACGAACUGGACCACAUCAUGGAGAUCAUUGUGGGCUCUUGAAGCUCAGCACCGCCGUGGACUUUCCUGAAUGUGCUUUUGUUACACAGCCAGAUUGUGGGAGGGGCAAAGUGGGAAAUUAUCUGCGAGCCAAAAAUGAUUUUUCGGAUCGGCAGCUCCCAUUGGGACAUUUUUAUGUUCUUUUGUUUUUACUCGAACAGUAUAUUCCAAACACGGAGGAACACGUUCACAAGUAGGGUUGCAAAGUGGUGGAAAGGUUCCAGUACAAUUCCACAAAAGUUUAGCCAAAGGAAGUUAAGCUGGGGAAAAAGGUUUCCAGGUUUGAAACUUUACGUAAGAAUUGGGGACAAUUUUAGGGAAGCAUGCAUAAAUUUAAAUUUUUGUCAGAAGCAGUCAUCCAUGCAAAAUAGAUAGCUCUCCUUGCCCGAAUGUGGGAUAUCAUGUCUUUUUUCCCACUUGGCUCAAGCAAUGGUGUAUCGAUAGCUUAUUCGUAACUGAAAUUUCUGCUUGUAAUACAAACCCAAAAUGAAAUUACAAAUGAUGGGUUGAGAAACACAAACUGGUAAAUCGGGACUACAGUGGACCCAUGCCAUUUGCGGCUAAUCUGGACCAAACUUGAAUCGAGAUAACCCACCAAUAAUUAACUGAAAAUAAUCAUCUUGUUUUAAAAACUAUUGUUCGAGAAUAUCAAAUGAACAAAUUAAUCUGUUAAGAAACAGUAAUUGGAGAAAAAAAAUGUUUUGCAAUCGAACAAAAUGCCAUAUGAAACUUUUAUCUGAUUAAUCGAUUCUAACAAUACUCAUUUGUAAAUUCCGCUUCAGUUUUUAUGGGAAGUUGGGGAUUCUUUUUUCCAAUUGCCAGAAAUUUUGCAACUCUAUUUGCAACAGUCUGUUUCUAUGUUUUUUUUUUCCAUGUUUACGUCCGUUGCGCUAGCUCCCGCUCGGCCUAUUUAUUGGAGGUCUUCACACUACAACGACAUCAACAGCAAUUCAGAACAAACAUCCACAUCUUUGAAUUCAUGCGUAUUUUCCUAAAUAUUUGAGCAAUUAUGAAUGGAAUAUAUGUAUAUGUACGUAUAUGUAUAUAGAAAUAUAUAUUUUGCAUUAUACAGUCGAGGGGGGGGGGAUUUUUUGCAAGUAUCAUUUGAUAUUCCUGUUCCCGUAAUUUGUUUCUGCGAUUUUUAACAUGGCCCCAUUUGAGACUCGAGUGUCUUCCCAAACUUUUUUUUUUGCCAUUGUCAAGCUUUUUUAAAAAUGUUUAUACCAGUGCUGAUUUUACUUAACUUGCUCCAAAGCUUUUUUGUUUUAUUUUUUCAACCCAGGGAAGCAAAAACACAUCUUUCUAUCAGAAGAAGCCAUAUUGCUAAUUUAUUAUUUUUUUUUAUUUAUUGUAUUUAUUCUAUCUAGGUACAUCCGCACCACACACGUCACCCAUUCGGCCCAAAUGAAGAUUUGUCCCUUUUUUUUUUUUCCCGUCUUGAGUGCAGUACCUAUUGAUGAUUCCAUUUUUGUUCAAAUAAUCACAAGAACCGGGUCACAAUUCCAAUCACUAUGCAGCUCCGUCAUACGCGUUACGAAAAUGAUUGUAUAUGACUUCAAUGUCCUUUAAAGUCCUUUUAUGCAAACAGUUGCCUUUCUGCAAAAACGGACGCUCACAGCGGCGGUGAAGACGACGACGGUGGAGAACUCAGGCAAUGUAAACAUGUAUUGACAAACACAUAAGUUCAGUAUUACACACGUACACACACUCCUGAAGGAUGUCACGCUGGUCGCAAUGGGAGCUAGAACUUCAAAGACUUAAUACUAUCGUUGUCAAAAACUGUAUGCAUUUUUUUAUAUGCUGACAAAAACUUGUAGUGUCUUUGUAAAUAUUUUUUUAUAAUAAAAGAUGCAACUAUA